AUUACGUUAAUCACACUUGCAAUUUGCAAUAGUAAACUUUAAUCGUUGAGACAAAUCUACAGAUCAGUUAAAAUAAAAGCCUCAAAUCAAUUUGACUUCAGUACUAGUUUUCAACUUUCCCCAGUAAUUUAACUUUCUUUUUCACUUUGUUAAUUUAACAAUAAACCAUUCUCAUCUCAAUUGUAAACAUGAAAGUUUCAAGUUUAUCAAUCACUUUACUCAGUGUUUUCAGUGUCGUUACCACUUCAACCGAUGUAAAAGAACCAAAUAGAUAUUUAAAUGAGUUUGUUCAAUUGGUUGGUGAUCAUGUGGAACAGUUAGAAAGAAACAUUCCAGGUUGGAGUGUUAAUGGUACAAUUGAACAAAAUGUUGUCCAGUUUGUUGAAAAAGCUUUCACUUUCGGACCUUUUUCAGGGUUGGAUCCAUAUGGAAAUUUAAGGACAAGUAUUGUAAACAAUGUUGUUAGUUUGUUGAAAUCAGAGCUUCCAGGUUUUGAUGAAACAAAGUCAGUUGGUCAAAAUGUUGCCAAUUUGACCAAUGAUUUAUUUGCUAAAUUGCCGUUUCCAUAUUUCCUGAAAAACAGAGUGAAAGAAAUGUUGAUUGAAUCGGUUAACAAUGGUCUUUCGGAUAUCAAAGAUUCAGGGCUUGGUGCUUCAAAGAGGGUUGAUUCAGAUCUACAAAACAUUGUUAAUAAUUAUCUGGACAGACUUGGAGUUAAAGACGAAUCUCUCGUGGAUAUUGUCAAAAAGAUAUUGGAAGCCUACAAAGGACAUGGAUUCGAUCCGAAAAAAACUCUUAGAGACAACAUUUCUGAUAUGAUGAACGUCAUGAUGAACGAAACGCUUCAAAUAUUCGCACAUCAACGUUGAUAACUAACUUGGCAAUCAGUAUAUUGAAGUGUUUAUUGAGCGUUUGGAUCAAAUCGAUAUAACUAUGUAAUUGCACCAAAACCAUAAAAACCUUAAUAAGAUGAAUGUACUAGUAAAUAUUGUGACUAAACUAGAUUUUGUAACGAUUAAAUAAGAGAAAUUUAAAUAAAACAAUGUUAUAUUUUGGACAAACUUGACUAAAACAAAAA